UUCUCAACCACUGGGCGGGUGGACGUAAGCAAUGAAGGUCCUUCUAGUGGUUUGCAGACCUACACUCAAAAGAAACCAGUGCAGCUCACUUGGUUUGUAAUGGCACAUCAUAUGAUUUGAAAAAGCCUUAGAAGCAUAAUGUUCAGGUGCUUGAUGUGCUGGAUUGGGAUUCACCUCUUUACUGCUGCAACAGUGAGGAAUAUGGAGAAAAUAUCAUGUUCAUAUGUGUGUACUGAGGCUUUUUGUAAGAUCUUUUUGAUAUUAAUCACAUCAUGUUUUUCUUUUUCUCCAGGUGUCGAGGGUUUGGGGGGGCAUUUUUUUCUCUCUCUUGUUUCUUUCUGUCCCUGCCUCCACCACCUCUUGUUCAUCAUGUCUUUUCGUAAGGAGAUGGAAAAGUAUCGGGAUGUGGAUGAGGAUGAGCUUCUGCAGAAACUCAGUGAGGAAGAACUAAGGAGGUUAGAGGAUGAGCUUGAAGAACUCGAUCCUGAUAAUGCUCUGUUGCCAGCAGGUCUGAGGCAAAGGGAUCAGACAAAAAAAGCUCCAACAGGAAUGUUUCACAGAGAUAACCUUCUUGCUCACCUGGAAAAACAGGCCAUAGAACAUCCAGAUAGAGACGACCUUGUACCCUUCACCGGGGAGAAGAGAGGAAAGCCAUGGGUACCGAAGACGAAGGCGGUGGAUCCGAUUCUGGAGGAUGUUACACUGGAGCCGGAGUUAGAAGAAGCUUUAGCUAACGCUUCUGAUGCAGAACUCUGUGAUAUAGCAGCUAUUCUAGGGAUGCACACUCUGAUGAGUAACCAGCAGUACUAUGAAGCUCUAGCCAGCAGCACCAUCGUCAACAAACAGGGGUUAAACAGUGUGAUCCAGUGUGCUCAGUAUAAGCAGAUCCCCGACGAGCAUCCCAAUGACACCAAUGUAGAAGAAACCCUACUGAAGAUUAAACACAAUGAUUCUGAAUUAGUGGAGGUCAAUCUUAACAACAUCAAGAAUAUACCCAUCACCACUCUAAAAGCAUAUGCUGAGGCUCUAAAAGAAAACACAGUUGUGGAACGACUAAGCAUCGUAGGAACUAGAAGCAACGACCCUGUAGCUUAUGCGUUAGCUAACAUGCUUCAAGUAAACACCACACUGAAGAGUCUAAACGUGGAAUCCAAUUUCAUCACCGGAAAUGGAAUUCUGGCUCUAGUGGAGGCGCUGCAGCACAACACAACCCUGCAGGAGCUUAAAAUCGACAACCAGAGUCAACCUCUAGGUAAUAAGGUGGAGAUGGAGAUAGCUAGCAUGUUGGAGAAGAACAGCACCCUGCUGAAAUUCGGAUAUCACUUUACGCAGCAGGGUCCUCGCUUACGUUGCUCUAAUGCCAUGAUGAACAACAAUGACCUGGUACGGGUAGUCCGUUCAGAUUCGGACGGAGCCAUCACCUUCACUCUGUCCGUCCCCGAGCUGGAGCGAGCCUUCUGUAAAAAGUUCAAGUUCUCUUCGAAACCCAAUUAGAAAGAGAAGGCUUGAAGGUGGCCCCAUUUUCCCUAAAUGUCGGACAAGCGUGUAGCAGCAAAACUGGCGUUGCCCCCUGGUGGCUUGGAGGUCUACAGUGUCUUGUUCUGGUUUUCUUCUGAUUAAAGCUCUACUGUUUGUAAUGUGAUACACACACACACACACACUUUUCUAAUGUAGUGUUAUAGGUUAAUAUAUUUAAGCUGUAAAACAACAUAUUAUAAUGGUGUCUUAGUAAUUUUCCCAGUUAGCUGUUUUAAUGACAGUGCUUUUACUACAAAUAUUUUUAGUGGAAAGGUGGAAAAUAUUUUUGUUUUAAUGGUCACUUUCCACAAGUUAAAACUUUUGCUAAAUUCUUUAAAUUGGACAAAUAUAAUUAGAAACAGUCUAUUUGUAUGGGAUUAGUGUAUUACAAUACAUAUACAUUUUGCACAAAUGUGAUGAUCUGCAGUGUAUCAAACAGUUAUUAUAGAACAAGACUUCUUUUUGAAGCUCGGAUUGUUAGUUGUGUUGUAAUUGCAUAAUAAAAAUAUUAUAAGUGUCUGUGAUCACUGCUUUUUAAAUCCUGACUCAAAAAUUAGAGCUUCAGUUUAUCUUGUAAAACUGAUGUACAAACA